UCUCCAGGCAGGAACUGGAGUCAGAGAUUUCCCCUGCUACUUGCCGGGAAAGAACAUCAGGAAUGCCUUUCAGUGCCUUGUUUCCUGCACCAGCUCACAGAAGCCGGGCAGCUUGGGGCCAUCUGACCACCGCAUCCUUUGCCCUCACCCCUGCAGGAACCCGAUGCAGGCCAAGUUCAGCAGCACGAGGGACAUGCUGGAUGAUGAUGGGGACACCACCAUAAGCCUUUAUUCUCGAGCCUCUGCUGCAACCCGGCGGUCAGAGCCUGGGCACACAGAGCACAGGACUCCGUCUCCAGCCUGGCGUCCAGUAGGCCUGACCCUGCUGACUUUGUGCUUGGUGCUACUAAUAGGCCUGGCAGUCUUGGGGUUUUUAUUUUUUCAGUUCUAUCAGCUCUCCAAUACUCAGCAGGAUACCAUCUCUCAGAAGGAAGAAAGACUGGGGAACCUCUCCCGACAGCUGCAGUCACUCCAAGCCCAGAACAGGAAGCUUGCAGAAACUUUGCAGCAUGUGGCUGAAAAACUCUGUCGUGAGCUCUAUAAUAAAACCGGAGGACACAGGUGCAGCCCUUGCCCAGAAAAAUGGAAAUGGCAUGGAGAUAAAUGCUACCAGUUCUAUAAAGAGAGCAGAAGUUGGCAGGGCUGUGAACAUUUCUGCAUUGCUGAGAACUCUACCAUGUUGAAGAUAAGCACACAAGAAAUGCUGGAGUUUGCCAUGCCUCAGAGCUACUCUGAGUUUUUCUACUCUUAUUGGACAGGGCUCUCCCGCAACGGCAGUGACAAGGCCUGGCUGUGGAUGGAUGGAUCCCCAUACUCCCUUGAACUGUUUGAUAUUAUAAUAGAUGUCACCAUCCCAAGAAGCAGGGACUGUGUGACCAUCCUCAAUGGGAAGGCUUUCUCAAAGGACUGCAGAGAGUUGAGAAGGUGUGCGUGUGAGAGGAGGGCAGCACUUGUGAAGCCAGAGCGGGUCCUUUAGCUACCCUGAGACAUCACAUGGAGUUGAUCCACUCUCCAGCUGCAACUGCCAACAGGAGUCAAGCCAUGCAAGGCCCAUGCAGGGGCUACCUGAGACCUGGGGAAAUGGACAAUCAUCAGGGAAGGCAAUGUCUCUACUAGUGAAGAAGGGCUCCCCUGUGUCCUGUUCAGGAUCACCAGCACUUCUGAGUUUGGGUUACCAGGCACAAGAAGUCCUAUUUAUAUACCACCAGCCGGUUCCAGAAAUCUUUCAUGCUGUAAGCUAUCUUUUUGACUUAGAGGUAACUUUCUAGUUUUCUUUCUUCUCAGUAUUUAAUAGCAACUCCCUGUUUCUUCAUCUUCUUUACACUUGGAGAAAUGAGGUACAUCUUGAAGUAGGGGAAAUAAACAGAAGUAACAUCCUUUAUCCCAGCAGUCAAAAAGUCUGUGAAAAAUUAGCAGUCAGUCCCCUGAUUGUGCCACCAAAUACAGAGGGAGUUCUUUUGAUUUCAGCUCAUACUUUUCCCUUCCCAAUCUUUUCACUAAAAACUCCAUCUGCUGUGUCCUCGGCCUGUUUCCCAACUGGGAUAUCUCUCUUGUUAUAAGAAUCUUAGCAAGUUAUAAACUUGCCUCCCUGUGUCUAUUAAGACUCCAAUAAUUAAUGCCGAGUGCAGUGGCUCACGCCUGUCUUC